GCUUUUAAAACAUCAUCAUCACAGAGUCAAGAGAUAGUGAUAAAUUUGGUUCGGGUGCGUUUAAAAGUAGAUGAGCACAGUGAUUGGGAAUCAAAAUGCCUCAUUAAAGGACUCCUCGAGGAAAAACAACCCCCAUGAAAGGUCGGUAAACAGCCAGACAGAUUUCAAGCACCGACGACCAAUUGAUGUGAUGGUGGCUAUCUCAGGUACAGUCGACCCGUAGUCCUCUUUCAUAUGUUUCCUUCAGUCAGUCGACCCGUAGUCCUCUUCCAUGUGUUUCCUUCAGUUGAAAGACACAAUAUUGUCUAGUUUUUCGAACUUUCUCCAAAAGUUUCAAAGUACAAAUUUCUACGGCAGAAGCAAUGGAUCACCCUGUUGUGCCCAGCACCCAGCAGAUGCAUGGCGUACACGAAUGGACCGAUCAAGACGGAAAUCGAGGUACAGAGAUUCUGUGUCGUCACGACAUCAGAGUCCGUACUGUGCAGUCGACUGGUCUGUUUGAUAUUGGCAAUAAAAGGACCGAUCUGAUCAGCUAUCUCAACGCUGGAUGUAGUACCAUACAAAGAAUCCUCGUCAUACUGGAUAUCCACCUCCCAGAAAGCAAGAGAAUCCAAAUUGAGGCGUAUCUCUCGUGGUGCAAGACGGAAAUGCUACUGGAGGAUUAUGUGAUCAUAGCGUUCAGUGUCAACCGAACAGAGAAGACGUUACAGAAAAGCGAAGCCGUAAUCGCAGCCGCUAAAGAGUUUGGGCUCAGACGGAGAGACAUGUUCGUUGCCAUUGGCAGCAUCACGAUGACUGAUGUUGUGGGCUUUGCCGCAGCCAUAUAUCGCCGGUCAACGCCAUGGAUUCUGGUGCCUACCGAUCUUCUUGGGAUUAUGCAUUGUCACAACUGGGACAGCAAAUUAUCAUUGAAUCACGUCAACCAAGAUGGAAGAAUCUACCGGAACGCUCUUGCCUUGGUCCAUCCACCAACCGCCAGCUUCUACGAGCCAAUUUCCCCUGAGGCAAUGGAUAAGGACCAAAUCACACGCUUCUUGGCCGAUAUUGUCAAAACAUCGAUAGGUAAAGACAGCGAGUUGUUCUCAUACACAGAAGCUCAUCUGAGCAAGAUGUUGGCAGGCAGUCAGAAGGCUGGAUAUCUAACGACCGCCCUGAGCUUAGCUACCAGAGCGAGAGUUGAAGAGCGUAAGGAGCUGUGUGGAUCUGAGAUCCACGUGUCUAGCGUCAAGUUUGGGGAUGAAGCAGUGCAAGCAAUACGGGAGAACAGGGCAAUUGUUUACGAUGACAAAGAAUCGGUUUCUACUGGAAUUGCACUGAUGUCUGUCAUAUCAACCUUGAAAGGGAGGCUCAGCAUUACAGAUCUUGGACGGGUACUGAAUCUUCUUUUCCAGGCUGGGUUGCCAAUCUACAACGAGGAGCUUGAAGCAAACGCACUAUGGAAACAUAUGAAGAGUGCAAAUGAGGAACGAGGGAUAUCCACUUUCAUCAUUUUAAGUGGCCUCGGAGAAACAGAAUUUGUCGAUGCGACGGAAAUCUCGUCUGAAGUUAUCGGCGUCGCUCUGUCCAUUCUUCGCAACCAUCGUCCUGAACCGCCCGGGAAAUUCUUGGAUUGGUGUGCCUCUGUCAAGGUGCAGGAUCCCACGAACUUGAGACAGAUUGUCCAUGAACAGACUACCUCAAAUGAUGUGCAAUAUCAUGUAGUCAUGGUUCAAAAGAUAUUCAAUAGCUGCAACCAGACAUUGAUCCGGGGCUACUGCAUGGACAACACCACGACGCGCAAAAGGAAAAUUCUGGUUAUCCUUGACAGCUACGUCGGAAAUCCUAUUGUCAAUAUCCAAGAGUAUUUCCAAAGUCACAGCUCAGUCAUUGAAAACUUUCGUAUCCUCCCUUUCCAUGUUCCGAGCACUUCUAAAGAUUUCAAUGCCGUACUCAGGGUGGUUGAUGUCGCGAUUGAGAUGGGGAUGUCGCAGACUGAUCUUUUCGUUGUGAUUGGAGGUGGAACGCUCAUGGAUGUCGUUGGGUUUGCCGCCGCAAUCUACGAAGGAGGCCUUCCCUAUCUAAGAAUUCCGACGACUCUACUUGGGAUGAUCGAUGCAGGCGUAGGAGCUAAAGUUGGCGUAAAUUUCGGAAAUCACAAGAGUCUACUCGGAAGAUAUUUCCCUCCAGUCGCAUGUCUCAACGACCCAGAAACUUUCUUACCCACGUUGCCACGACGAGAAUUCGCCUGUGGAUUAGCCGAGUCAAUAAAGAUCGCUACAGUCAAAGACUCGCGUCUCUUCGAGAUCAUUGAGAGAUAUCACGGCGAUGUCGAGUAUAACGCACACACCCACGAGUUGAUUCAACUUUCCAUCCGAUCUAUGCUCGAAGAAUUGCAACCGAACCUCUAUGAACAAGACUUGUGUAGAUUCGCUGAUUUUGGACACGAAUUUGGGCACAUCGUAGAGAGCCUCGCCAAACAAACGAUCUCUCACGGUGAAUGUGUUGCGAUCGGCAUGGCAAUUUCCUCUUCUCUUGCUUAUCGGAAACGGAUCCUUUCACGGUCCGAUCUGGAGAGAAUCUUGAAUUGCAUGCUGGAUCUGGGACUUCCAAUCUACCUAACAGACUACGAUUGCUGUAGUGCUGAUCUUCUCUGGGGAAAGAUUAGCACGGAUGGAAUCGAGCACAAAGGUGGAAUGUUAUAUCUCACAGUGCCGGAGACGAUUGGUAGGGGAACAUUCUUGAACGAGAUUUCGGACAUUGAUUCUGGGAUGUUGAGUGAAGUCAUCCUCAGCCUCUGUCGAUAUUCCGAGGAGCGUGCGGGAUCCAGUCGUACAAUUUCAAAGCCAGAAAGACUUCUGGUUUCUGAUACUGGCAACCAUUCCCCUCUUACAACGGCUGCUGUUAUUGGCGGGUCUGGUGACAUCGGAUCGCAGCUAGUCGGCCAUCUGGUGCGUAAUGGCGUGCGAGUUGUUUGUUCUGUCCGAUCAACCACAUCGGUUUCGUUCAGAAAACGACAGAAUCUUCUCGACCCGAAGGUUCGAAUUCUCACCGGAAACCUAUUGAAUUUUGCCAACCUACGAUGGAUGAUACGGGAAGCAGACGUCCUGUACAAUAUGGCGGGUAUUGUUUCACUUAACUCCAAGCUUGACGAGUUUGCAAAGGUCAUCGCUAUAAACGGGUUGGCUCAGGGUGUAAUCACGCAUAUCAUUCGAGAAAUGGGAAGAGACAAGGAUUUGAAAGUCGUCUAUCCCUCCAGUCAGCGGGUUCACUUGACCGAUGCCAACGUAUCUGUGGAUACAUGGAUCCAAGAGGCAGGCGAAGCAUUUUCCAAACACGCGGACGCCCUGAUUGCCGAACAAGACACAUGCACAGCGCUUGAAAAAUUUGCGGAGCUGUUCAUUUCAAAUCAUCCAUUGCCAGCAGGAUUUAACAUCUAUGAGAUCUCUAAACGGCUGGGUGAAUUUUUCGUGUCUUUGUUACCGCGGCAUUCUUUGAUGAGAAUUUCCAGUGUUUACGGGCCAGCGUUUACCAGAGGGUUCACCUAUCGAGCAAUCAACCCGAAAUCCGAAGGAAACUUCGAAAUGCCAGAAAAGAGGGACUUUAUUUAUUCUGAUGAUUUGAAUGAGUUGCUUCUAAGAGUAGCGCAGACUCAAAGUCCUGAUAGCCGAAUCUUUGACGCGGCCUCCGGCGAAAGCAUCGACCUGGAGGAGGUGUGGAGAAUGAUUAGAGGAUUGAUUGGUGAUAGUGCCACUCUUACUCUCCAGAGUGGCGUGACACAGGAAGAAUUCAACCUCGACUCACGCUUUGCUCGCCGUCUACUGGGUAGAGAAUUGACGCCACUGAGUGUUGGCUUGAAGAAGACAGUUGAGGAAUCUGCUCGAGCUUCUCAUCCAGUGGAGCAGAUCAUGCGUCUUUCGCACCCUGUCACUUUCAAGUCUAUGGAGAUUGACGGGUUUCUUCCAGGCGCAACAACUACGCUGAAGUUCAUCUGCAGUGGGGAUUUGUUCCGCAUUGCCUAUGGAGUGUCUCCUACCACAGAAAUCUUAGAGCGGUCAUUAAGCCAGUGGUUUGACAAGCUGCUGACUUCCCACCAAGAGGUAUUGUCUGAAAACACGACCAUCGAACCUGGAUUGUGUAUUCGUUUACGUUCAGAUGGCGCCAUGAAGCACGGCGGCGAAUUUGUUGUCGAGGAGGAUGGCAAGCAUGAUUAUCGGAGCUUCAUCGAGAUUCGAACUGAACUUGUAAUGAAAGCGUUGCAUCAGAACAGUACGGAAAUAAUAGACGAUAUCAUCGGCUGUAUGGGCUACCAUUUCCUAGCAUUCUUACUACGAGGGCGUAAACCGAUACUUUCUCUGCAGGAGCAGAAACGAGAACAGGAGAUGGCCUUCAAAUGGAAAGACUCCCUCAAACGAUGGGACAGACAUCACAUCAUUGUAUUGGAUGUCGGUGCAACCUAUUUGCGGGUUGCGAUUAAGGGCCCCCAUGGCCUUCUCUUACAUGACCCCAACAGAGUCCUCAGUCCCAGCAAGCAGGCGUAUCCACAAUAUACGCUUCCCAUGCUCCAGGGAGAAUUGAUAAAGACGAUAGUGCGGGAAGUCAAUAUUGUCAGGGCUGGUCAUAUUGACCUCUCAAUUGAAGAAGUUGGAAUUUCCUUCGGUGCCGUAGUCACUCGCGAAGGAAUUGUAGAAGAUGCGAGCAUUCUCUGGGGUUCGUCUGCCCGCGGUUACGACUUCAAGGCUACUUUGCUGGAGUAUUUACCUGGCAUGCGUUUGACGGUCCUGAACGACGUUUCCGCUGCUGCAUGGCGGUACAAAGACGAGGGACGAUUCUGUCUCAUUACUGUAAGCUCGGGACUAAGCAACAAGGUUUUUAAUCCUGAUCUGUGCCUUCUCGAUAAGCUUGAUCUUGAUGCUUCGGGCAUCGGGGGGGAGAUGGGUCAUGUCAUCGUGGAGCCACGUGCUGUGGAUGCGUUGGUACAAUAUGCGAUGUUGCAGGCAGCGGCCCGUCCCGAAGAAUUCAGGGGCUCGCUUGUGGAUGUUUACGUGCACGGACAUAUCCAGCGGAUCAACUCACGAUGUUUGGCGUUAGCAGCCAAAGAAGAUGAUGAGUUCGCGGUGCGUAUUCUCGAGGAAAGAGACAUACCGUACUGUGCCUGCGGUAAUCUUGCGGACUUGUGCGCAUACAGCUCUGGCAGAGGUGCCUUGCGCCGUGCCCGGAGCUUGGCCUCUUCGGGCGGUUACGAUAUUGCAUCUAAUGCAAUCACAGACGAUUGGCUUCGACAAUCUAUCGCCUCGGGCCAUCCACUUGCUCUAAAAGUCUUAUCUGACUCGACAUAUCCACUAGCCCUUCGUAUUUUGCAAUUGGCUGGAGAUAUAGGCCUGAAUAAAUUCAUAAUCGUAGGCGGGUUCGCAAUGAAGACUGGCAAGGAGGCGUAUCUACUUUCACUUCAAGAUCACUUGGUUCGGUUCUUUCACCCGUCGGGGUUUUUCUGCGGUUGGAAAGAGGAUGAUGUCCGUAGCUUGGUCCAGUUCGGUGUUAACGAUGACAAUGACGGUCUGAUCGGCAUGGGCAAUUUUGUGGAACACCUACGGUCCAAUUAUCGCGCAGUAGAAAAGGUGGUCGGAAGGCCAAAUCUCACCCUCGUGACGAGAAAAAUCCCUCUUUGUGGCAGCAAAGAAGUUCUCGCCAAAGUUGUGUUUGCGGGAAUAUGCACAACUGACCUACAGAUCCUGCGUGGUGAGCGGGGCGUAGAGCCAAUAGUCCUUGGCCAUGAGGCCGUCUGCCAGGUACUAGAAGUAGGAAAAGGCGUGAAAGGCCUGAGUGUGAACGAGAUGAUAGUGAUGAAUCCCAACAAUCCUUUGGAUGACCAUGACAAGUUGGGACACACCAGAGAAGGUGUGUUUCAAGAAUACUUCAAAUUUGGCCAAGAAUCUUUGGAGAGAAGACAGGUGUUGACUUUGGGAAGUUCCGCAGCUAGCGUAGUUGAUACGCUCGUUGAACCUCUGAGCUGUGUUGUUGCAGCGCAAAAUCGCAUCAAAGAUCGAAUAGCGGGAAAGAAUGUCCUAGUCAUUGGAGCUGGUAUGAUGGGUCUGUUGUUUGUCUUGAUGAACCAUAAAAUGGGCGCCAAAACCGUUUUCUUAGCCAAUCGUUCGAAAGAACGACUGGAUUUUGCUGUGACAAAGGCGAUCAUUCGACGGGAGAAAGUUUUCGUCACGAGUGAUUGUGUCGCGGCACAAGUGAGCGAAGUUUCUGCAGGCCAAGGAGCAGAUGUUGUCAUCGUCUGUGUAUCCCUCGGGCAAGGAGUGAAUGCUGCUCAAGAUGCUAUUCGUUAUGUCAAUGCAGGUGGCUGUGUAUAUCUAUUUGCAGGUUUUAGUCCUGGUGAUACUUUGACUUUGGAUGAAGGCAUAAAGCUGGAUGUCUGGCCGAUUCGAACCCACUGGAAGACUGAAUCAAUUAAAGUCGCUGGCAAGGCAGUAGAUUUGUCAGGUCACCGCGGGAGCCGAAACGAGGACCUCGUCUCGGCUAUCAACUUUAUUCGUAAGGACAGACUCUCCUUUGGCAGUGUGAUCUCGCACAUCAUCUCGCUUGACGUCCUCCCGGAAGUCCUUCAGAGGCUUGCCCAGGAUGGAACCAUUCAAGGCAUAUCAGCAAAGAGAGUGAUUGUGGACAUGGAUGCCCGGAAUGGAACGAUUGAGUCCAUAGAGAAACUCCCACUGCUCCACCUUCAGCAAGCCGCUGGGAAACGAAAGGACGCAAUUCCCAUGGGAAACAUGUUCCGUGACCUUGGAUUCGACGGCAAUAUUUCCUUACUAGGAUGGUUCCAUCCUCCAGCAUGGCACGAAAUCAAGACUGCACUUGAAGCCGCUUUAAAAAGACGUUCCUUAACUUCCAAGAAGCAUUUUAUAUGGGUUGGGACAGGCGGCUGGGUGUUUUUAGUGGACGUCCUAAAGGAGAUCAUACCAGCAAGCCAGGACAUCCAUUUUCACACUCUUCGGAGUCUGGACCCACAAGCCCUCGUAGAUGUAUUCUCGCUCAUAGAAGAGCUUUCCUCGGCUGUCUGCCUGGGUAUGAGCCAAUCGGGCACGACAUUAGAGACAGUCAUGUUGAUGGACUCACUUCGAGAGCGCUUUGACACUGCGGGACUUAAUUACCAAGAGCAUUUCAUUUGGUUGACAGAUACGUGCAUCUCCGUCAAUGACCUGAAGAGCGGCGAAGCAAGAAUCCGAUCAUCCCAAUUACAUGACUGGAAGUGUGUGGAUGUAGAGCCGCUAACAGUGAGGUAUCACGCCGACAUCAACGCACUUUUUUGUGCGCCUCAUUCGAUGUUGAUGUUUUUACCUUUGUUCAUCCUACUCUGUCAAGACUGGGAGGCCAUGUCGUUCAUUUACCAGCAGUAUCUGGCUUUGAGAGAUGAGGUUGUCAACGCUGUACUACCAAUAGCGUGGUCCGUUGCAUUAAACGACACCCAGGAUAUCCAAGUAAAUUUGGAUGAGGAUAUCGCCCCUACCAUGGGCCUAUUGGUGGCUCAGCUCAUAGAACAAGCACUGGGCUCUAAGCAAGUCGGUUUCAACCCACGAGUUUGUGUGACUUCUUGCGGCGAGUUGGCCGAAUUCGAACAUAUUGCGAUGCCGAUACCAACUACGACUCCGAAAGUCGUGAAGGUAAUGCUGACAAUGAAUGCGCUGUCAGCGUUCGUUGCCAUCUUGGCUUAUCAUCGAGAGAUCCAGUUUGUCACUCAUCCCAAGGUGCAGUUGUAUAAGAGGAGAGCUUUGGAUCUGGUAGCUGCUGCUGAAGUGAAACGGCAAAUAUCCGAGACUACAUUGGUCAGUGCUGAAAUCGUCGCAUGUUUGGAUAGCAAUCCUCGAGUACGCUUCGUGGAGAUUAUCUGCUACGGACACGCCCUUGGGUCGAGUCGCCAAAGCGUGAAAGAUUGGUCGGCCUCUUGCCUAGGAGUUGGAACUAGGAGUAUACAUAUCAAUGUACAUCAGGGCGAAGAUUGGAAUCAUUCGAAGUAUCAGGCUGCAGUACAAACUGACGACACAUUGUACGUAAUCCUAGUGCUACAGAAUUACUUCUGCGAUGUCGAAGGAAUCUCGUCAAAAGCUAUCUACGACAAUACCGCAAUGCUCCAGGCGAUUGCCCGCGCUACAUACGAAACCCUUGCUCCUAGGGCGUUGUAUUUCAGCGUUGAGGGAAAGUUCCCGAAUUGAUAUUGUGUCCAUGA